AUGUCGCAAGACACCGGACUGUGGAGUGUGCGCAGACCAAGAGAGACCUUAGGAGGCAUCAACUACAACUCAGGCUUACCCCAACCCGCAUCCGCAAUGAAGCGAUCGAAUUCAGGCGCAGGUGCGCCCUUCUCGAAUAGCCAUGCUCGCUCCGUGUCGGGCUCCAGACAGUCUUUGGCCCUAUCACGACCGAGCCAACCAAUGUUCCAGCGCUCCUCUUCUGGAACCAACUUGGCGGAAAUGGGCCUUUCUUCUGUCAAGCGAACGUCGAUCCGCGACAAGUCUUUCGCGCCGACACCGGCCCCGGGACGCGCCUCCACGGACGCAGACAGGAGGAGCAGUGUAUACCGCGCGAGACCUUCAACAAACGGCCCCAUGAGCCAUCAGUCGUUUUUCCAACAAGCACCCCAGCCCGCCGGCGUACCGCGAGACCCUCGCCCUCUAAAAGACAGGUCGUACCAGGCCAGGAUCGGUCAGGAGCUGCUGGACUACCUUGCCCAGAACAAUUUCGAGAUGCAGAUGAAGCACGUGCUAUCCCAGAACAUUAUAAAAUCUCCAACACAGAAGGAUUUCAACUUCAUGUUCCAGUGGCUGUACCGCCGUAUCGACCCAAGCCACAAGUUUCAAAAGAACAUCGACCAAGAGGUACCGCCCAUCCUGAAACAACUGCGGUAUCCCUACGAGCGAAGCAUCACAAAGAGCCAAAUUGCAGCCGUCGGUGGCCAGAAUUGGAGCACCUUCCUGGGUCUUUUGCAUUGGAUGAUGCAACUAGCGCAAAUGCUCGAUGGCUACGCCUGCAAUCGGUACGACGACGCCUGCCUAGAGAGCGGUAUCGACGUCACUGGAGAUCAUAUUAUCUUUGACUUCCUCAGCAAAGCGUACAGGGAUUGGCUUUCCAUGGACGAGGAUGCGGACGACGAGGACGCCAAUCGAGUGCUGGCGCCACAUGUGGAGCGGAUGGCCCAGGCCUUCGAGCAGUCCAAUUCCAAGUACACUUCCGAGCUUGAAAUGCUUGAGGCAGAGAACAGCCGACUACUGCGAGAAAUAGAAGACCUCGAGAAAUCAACCCCUGAUCCUGCAGUCCUCGAUAACCACUUCAGGAUCAUGGAAGAAGACAAGGUCAAAUUCGAGGAGUACAAUGCUCUCGCCAUGCAAAGGUCAGACAAAUACGAAAACCGCAUACAGGUCUUGCAGGAGGAGCUGGACAAGCUCAUGCAAGAGCUGAAGGAAGUCGAGGGCGAGCGCCGAGGCUUGCAAAAAGCUGUGGACGAUCUGGGUAUCAGCAUGCAGGAUAUCGACCGCAUGACUGCUGAACGAGAGCGUCUGCAGAAGGGCAUCGAGUCGGCGGUGCAGAGGCUAGAAGAGGUCAAGAAGAAGGUAGCGGACAAGGAGAUGGAUGCAAGCAGGAAGCUGGACGAGCUGGAGCGAAUGGUUGACAAGUACAACACUCUCGCGUAUCAAAUUGCCCUCAUCCCAGCGACGGCUGUGAACGCCAAGGGUAAGGACUACGAACUGCAAGUCACAGUCAACGACGGGCCAGACUUUAGCUCGUCUCAACUCAAGGGCUCCAGCGGAGCUUCGUCUUCGGAUAGGUUGCUCGCCGACCCCGUGACUGGGUACCAGCCUGCGCACAUUCUCAACCUUGACCUGCGAGGACAGGUGAAGAACAGCUUCCUCGCGCUGAGGAAAGAGAUCUCUGAGCGGAGAAGCAUUGCGAUGGACAUGAUGAUGAAGGAUCAUGACCUGCUUGACGGCAUCAAGGAGGCCAUCGAGGACAAACGAAACGAGGUCGAAGCGCUCGAACAUCGAGUGCGUGCUGCCGAGGAAGAGUAUGAGAAGACCAAGGAGGUCACAACGGCGCAAAAGAUGGCUUCCGACGCCCAAAUCGAGAAGAUGGAAAAGGAGCUUGCAAAGAUGCGGGCUUCGUUAUCCGAAUCAGUGCAACUCAUGGAACAGCGAGAGAUGAACACCAGCAUCGAGUAUGAGCAGCUUGUGCUUCGUGCCAACUCCUUGAGAGAGGAGCUUCACACGGAGAUUGACCGGAUGCUCAACGACGUGAUCAAGUUCAAGAUACAUGUGCAGAAGAACUUGGAAGAGUACGAAGAUUUUGUCACCAACGAAUUGGAGGAUGAAUUGGGCAGCGGCAGUGGGGCCAGGGAUGAUACCCGGAGCAUGGAUAUGUGA